GAAUCAUAUCGAUUCUGAGAAGCCGGCAAGUGUCCAACAUUCGUUCGAUUUGCAUUCGUUUGCUGAGUUGCAGUUUGCGAUUUGCAAUUCGCAAUUCGCAAUUUGCUCGCAUGAGCCACAUCCAUUUGGGAAUAUACAUUUCGGUAUUUCAUUUGGCCGAGUGUAACGAUGCGACUCGCUGCUGUUUCAUUACUUUAUUUCGGUCUCGCUGGCCUUUCGGGCCUGGGCCAGCAAAGUGAUUCAGGCCAGGCCUACAUGGAGCAGUUCGCCCAGUUCAAGGAAGCCAACAACAGGAGCUACAUACGCGCGCAUGACGAAUUGCGUAGCUACAAGGCCUACGAAGAGAACCACCAGAUCGUGGAAGCACACAACAAGGACUACGACUCGGGGAGGAGCAGCUUUCGCCUGGCAGCGAAUACCCUGGCAGACAUGAGCACCGACUCGUAUCUGAAGGGCUUCUUACGCCUGCUACGGAGUCCCCCGAUAUCGGCAUCCGAUAACAUGGCCGAUAUAGUCGGAGCAACGCUAAUGGAUAAUGUGCCAGAUAGUUUGGACUGGCGUAAAAAGGGAUUCGCGACUCCGUCGUACAAUCAACAGAGCUGCGGCUCGUGCUACGCCUUCAGCAUUGCCCAGAGCAUAGAGGGCCAAGUAUUCAAGCGCACCGGCAAAAUCCUCUCUCUGAGUGAGCAGCAGAUUGUAGAUUGCAGCAUAUCACACGGCAACCAGGGCUGUACGGGCGGCUCAUUGCGCAACACUCUCCGCUAUCUACAGGCUACCGGGGGUCUCAUGCGAUCCGUCGACUACAAGUAUGCCUCAAAGAAAGGAGUUUGCCAGUUCGUGAGCGAGUUGGCCGUGGUCAACGUCACCUCGUGGGCCAUUUUGCCCGCCAAUGACGAGAAUGCGAUUCAGGCAGCUGUGGCGCAUAUUGGCCCAGUUGCAGUUUCUAUCAAUGCGACGCCGAAAACUUUUCAACUAUAUAGCGACGGAAUUUACGAUGAUGUCACGUGCAGUUCGACUUCGGUUAAUCAUGCGAUGCUGCUGAUUGGAUAUGAUAAAGACUACUGGAUUCUUAAGAAUUGGUGGGGAGAGAAGUGGGGUGAAUCGGGCUACAUGAGAAUGCGUAGGGGCAUUAACUUGUGUGGGAUUGCCAAUUAUGCAGCUUAUGCAAUAGUUUGAGCCACGUGCUACUCCUACAAACAUCUCUCUCUCUCUCUCUCUCACUCUGGCUCUCUCUCUGUCUGUCACUCCGAUGCCAUCUACAUCAUCAUGUCAUUCAAGCAAGUUAAUGAAUAAAAUCAAGUCAACACAUAAACAUUACAGACAUACAUACAUCAGGCGUGUAUUUACACCCUUGUCCCUUGUCCAAAGGCUUCAUUUAAUUUGCAUGCCGCAAUUUUGUCGGGGAAAGUUAAUUAAAUUAAAAGCAAUAUUCACAGUUCGUUGAAUUCAAAGUACAAAAUACGUGUUAUGUGCAAAUUAGGGGCAGGGUGUCCAAGUCUCGCCCAAGGUAGACGGAGCUCCUCCUAGAGGGCUGUUGCUUGGCCAAUGCGCAUGUGCUUCGCAAGUGCCACAGUGGCCGUUGCACACGCCUCCAAAUUGCGUAUCGGGCGCUCCGAUUGGCUGACAGCUGCCGCGAGUCAUUCGCUCUUUCCCUCUCCCUCUCCCACCCCUUCUCGCUCUA